CCACGUCUCACAGCACCUACGUCGCAUCGACCCAACCAACAGUCAGGCGCGUUGUCGAUGACACAUACACACCAUCCCCGCAUCCAUCCAUCCUCGCACGCCUCCCGCCCUGGCCUGGCUGCCUGCCUGCCUCUCUCUCUCUCACGUCUGCCCACUGGGCGACGUCAGAGUGACCGUCGUCAGGGCCGCACCAGAGUGAUCGCCCCUCGAUGACCCCCCCGUCUGACCGUCCGCAGCAGCGAAGGCCAAGGGCGUCACGUGCCCAUCUCCGCCAAAAGCCGAGGCGCUCGAGGGGGUGGGUGGCGACGUGAUGCGCCAUGAGAGGUCCUCUGGGUUCUCCUCCGGCAGCACCAGUGGCUGCAGGACCGACUUGACCAUCAGGUUGCCGCAGAUGGGACACUCCUCGGCGAGGACGUCGUCGACAUCGGUCUCCAUCCUCGCCAGCUGCGCCUGCUGCGCGGCGUUGAGGGACCCCUUGGACACUAGCUCCCGCAUUUGGCUGGCGAGGUAGUCCAUGAGGUGGCGGGCCUCGAUGGACAGAGUGGGGUACACGAGGCUCUGGCAGCACACGGCGUGGAAGGCGUGGCCGCACGGAAAGGCAUAGACCUUGUGGCGGUUGCUCUGGGGGAUGAUUGGGGGGCGGGAGGGGGCCGGGCCUAUGGCAGUGGAGGGCGGGGGAGGAGCGAAGAGGGGGUGCUGGCAGAGGUCGCAUGGCUGGGUGGCCGAGAGCAAAGUGCACCGCUGGUUGACGCUGCGGAGGUCGUCCUUCAGCUGGGAGGCAGCCUUCCGGUGCUCCUCCAUCUCCUGGCACCCCACACACGACAGACAGACAGGCAGACAGACAGACAGAGAGUAAGAGCGAGAGGUCUGUGUGUGGGUGGCUGAGUUGGUUGAGGCCACACCGCUUUGAGUUGUUGUAUCUUGCGCUCAUAGUCGUCGAGCGAUUCGCAUAUGUCCUCCUUGAAGGAGUCGAUCAGAAUUGUGUCCGACAUGUAAGGCAGCAAAUCCUACAACAUAACACACAACACACAACAUGCCACUUACGCCCACGCCUUUCGUUCAUCUGGGUGUGUUGAUGCGAUCGAUGCGUGUGUAUCACCUCCCUCACCUGGAUCCGCAGCAGGCCGCCCGAGUCAUGCAUGAGCUCCCGAAGACUCAACACGUCCUGACGCUGCGCCUGUGGACGGACGGACAGACAGACAGACAGGCAAAGGCUCACAGGGGUUGUUGUUUGGUGUUUGAGAGACCACGGCCAGGCAUGAGCUUACCUGAUGUUCGACGAUGGACAGCCAGAGGCGCUUCCGAAGCUGCAGCUGCUUCUCGCCAUCACCAGGCCUACACACACACACACACACAGCCGCCCAUGUCGUCAUGUCAGUCAGUCACAUGCAUUGCAUCCUCUCUCCUCCCUCUCUCCUUUGUUUGUGUGUGUUGUCACCUCCCUCCCUGACCUGCAGGCAUUGUGUUUAGCGAGUUCCAGGUCUCCCAUGGCGAGUGCCUUGUCGACGGCCUCCUGGUGCCGCCCCAUCAUGCCGUACAGCAUCACAGCCGCACGGUGCUUACCGCGCUCCUCGCAGUAACGAAGCGCAAACGGACCGUCGAACGGCAAACACGACACACCCUGAGUGAGCACAACACAACACACGGAGACAGACGUAGAGAGAGUAGGGAGGGAUAUGACUGACUGGCAUCAUUGCUCGUGAGCUAGGCUAGUCACCUUCUGUGCAGCGAGCAGUCUGAUGAGUGCCGCCUCGUCCUUGUCGCUCUCGUCCUCGGCAUAGAGCACCACCAGCGCGUUGAAGACCCCCCCGAUGUCCUUCCACUGCCCCUCACCACCGCCGCACACCGCCUCCCUCUGCCGCCCGGGGUGCUGGUGGCGGCUGUCGUGGUCCUCGCCACCAUUGGUCGCUGGCAGAGACAGACCCAAACUGGCCAGGAUGGCCUCGUCGUGCUCGCGGCUGUCCUCCUCUGCUGUCCGCCCCUUCAACCUCUGCGAGGCGUGAUACAUGUCCAGGAAGUGCUCCAGCAGCCGGAUAGCCUCGAAUCGGUGCACAGUGCCGCUGGCCCGGCCCCUCAGCAGCACCGGGACCAGCGGCGUGGGGUCGAGCGACUUGAAGGAGGGCUGCAUGCAGAGGUUGACGAACUCGGUGGGCUCGUAGUGGAACAGCAGGGGGGCGAAGCGGUGCAGCUGAGCGUCCCGGAGGGCGCCCGGUUCGAAGGCGGCGAGCCUCUUGAGGAGGGGUCUGUACUGCCUGAGGUGGAUGUGGUGCAGCAGGAGGGUCUCGAGGUCCUUGCGCUGCUCGGCGUAGAACAGCAGCUCAGACGGACGGCUCUGGGAGUUGAGCAGGUGGUACACCGUCGACUGCAUCAACCAACCAACGGUCAACAGAAUGCCAGCGACAUGAGAGGUGGGAAUCUGUUGCAUGCAUAUGCAUUGCCCCCCGUCCGACUCGGCUCACCUGCACUUCAUCGACGUGUCUGAAGUCUCUGAGCAGGUGGCACAGCUCAUCCCGCACAGCGCGGCUUUGCUUCUGCAGCGACUCCAGCUCCUCGGGCGUGGCGGCCGGCAACGCGAAGGUCGAAGGGGAGCCGCCCUCUCCCCCUCCCCCUCCCCGAUUGUGUGCGAGGGUGCGCCUGAGAGUGUGGGUGUGGGCGUCGAGGACGUUGAGCUGGUGCACGUAGAUCUCCACCAUCCACACAAACAGCAUCACCUGCACACGAUAGGCACACAGAUGCACAACGAACCAACAGAGGGAUGAACGAACUAAGGGACGAACGACCGCAUUCAUCGUCAUGAAGCGGCAUUCGGCUGGCCCAUACCUCUUGGGGGGACGCCUGCGCGGCUGAUGCUGGUUCUGCGUUCUGCUGUGGUGGCUGCGUGGCCACUGCGCUGUCUUGGCCGCCUUGCCGCAGCUGCUGGAACUUGGCUUUGAGGAACUCGAGCAGCGCCGCCUCCUGGUGCGCCUGCAUGAACUGCAGACAUAUCGACUCGAACGCUCGAGACCUCGUCUGGGCGUACUUCUGAUGGCAUCACAGCCAGCCAGGCACACAGACAGACAGACAGACAGACAGACAGAUGGACAGACAGACAGAAAGCAAUGAAGGUGGGCGGCGCGUGUGGUGGGUGGUGUGGUGUGGUGUGGUGUCUGUCGUGUGUUGAAUAUAUACGUGCCUGCGCAGCUUUGGUGUACUGCUUCUGGUCGAACAGCGUCUGUGCGUGCCGGCAGAUAACGCCGUCUCGCUGCUCGGUGGUGCGGCAGUGGCGAAGGGCAGAGUCGUACUCGCCUGCACAGGCAGAUACAAGUCUGUCUGUGCUGUCUGUCUGUCCGUUUCUCCCCCCCGCACCCACUUACCCUUUUUGAGGUAUAGUUUCCAGAUGUUGGUGUCUUCGUUGGUGAGGAUGAUCUCGUAUAAGUACAGCUCAGAGUACAGCCAGAGCGUGCCGUCAAAGGCGUCCUUGAGCAGCCGCCUCGGCAUCCCGUACUUCUGCGCAGGCAAUGCAUGUUCCGUCACCUACACACACACACAUCCAUCCAUCCAUCAACCCACACAAUGCAAUUACCCUUUCGAAUGUGAUUCUAGAGACGACGAGCAGCCGUUCGUCAUAGAGCAUCAGGAGGUGGUGGUUGGUGAGCGCCAUGCUCUUGGGUGCGGGGGGCGGCACGGGGAGCAGCUUGAGCUCGGCAUCAGUCGCACCCGUGUUCGACCGGUGCACCAUUGGUGCCGACUGUACUGCUGAUGUGGUGGCACCCUGUGACACUGAUGUGGGCGACACGAAGAGGGGCGGGGAGGGUGAGGGUGGGUAGGGCAGCACAACAGGGGGAGAGAGGAUGGAAUACGGUGGGGUGGGGGACGGCAGCAGCGACGUGUGCAACACACCAGCACUGGUUGACCCACCACAACACACCACCACAAACAGACAGAGGGAGGGAGGGAGGGAGGACACACACACACACACACACAAACAAAGAAAGUGUUCGUCCGCUCGUGUGGUGUGGUGUUGAGUGAGAUUGGUAGCUAUGCAGCCUCCCUGACCCACCCGGACAUCCAGAAGAACUCCAUGUGCCUGCCCGGUCCGCUGGCGAUGAGCAGCUCACCGUGGCUGAGGUCCCGCCCCACCUCAUAUGUUAGGGCAUCCAUCUCAUCCACACCCACACCGCCACCACCACCACCACCGCCGCCCCCCCCAGGCGCACUGCUGGCGUAUUUGUUGAACAGCUGCUCGUAAGACGACACCGUCCCCAUAAAGGUGUACAGGUAGCGAGUCGACACGGCAAUCACCAGCAGGCGACGGGCUGACGCGGGGGCGGGGGCGUCCGCUUGCACAGUCUGAUUGAUGAUCGAUGUUCAAAUCACCGGCAAGCGAGAGACCACAUCAAGUAUGUCUGGUCUGGUGUGGUUACUGGUGCGUUUGGCAGCACGUCGGCGAAUAUGUCGACCACGGGGGACUUCUUGGGGAGCUCAAACAGCGUCUUGACGACCUCCUUUCGCUGUUCGAUGACUGCCUCGAGGAUGGUGCCGCCCUUGGUGCCGAUGAGGAUCUCCCGGGUGUUGGUCUGUGUGGGGCUCCUGUCCCACGCCACACACUCGAUGAAGUGGCCACGCAGACGGCCGAUGCUACGCGCGCGGCUGGACUGGUAAUUCAGAUACCUGCACCUCCACACAGAGAGAGGGAUGCAGUCAUGUGACUCCCUGGUCUGUCUGUCUGUGUCUGUCUGUCUGUCUGUCUGUGUGUGUGUGGAGGUUCAACCCCUUCUGUGUGUCGACCGACCAGUUGUCUCCGUUAGCGAGUGUGAUGAGCGUGUGAUAGCCUUUCGGGUCGACAAAUAUCCUGGAGAUGCUCAGACGAACCGACGCCUCCUGACGAUCUGAACGAACGAACGACAAAGAGAGGGAAAGGGAUCGUCGCCACUGUGCUCUCGCUCCCCCAGUGAAUGACUGACUGACUGACUGACUGACUGCCUCACCCCCGAGUUCGAUCAUCUCGAGUGUGUUGUCAUCGGGACACCACCGCCACAGCUCGCCAUUCAGGAACCCGAGCAUGAAGCAGCGCGAAUUCACACACACCCACCGCAGCCCACCCUUGGCAUUCACCGAAUGUAAAGCUGUGCCGCCCCGCUCACCGCCCCUCGGCUGACUCAACAAAUGGUCCAGCCGCACCAGCUUGAGCGAUAUCGACGGGCCGGCCGGGUGUGAUGCAGGCGGGCUGAAGAGACCGCCGCCACUAAGGGAUGCCGACGGAUGCGCCGCUGCAUCUGCGGUCCAUGGGUUGGUGGACGGCAUGUCGGCGGCGCCGUGGACCACCAGAUCAUCGAUGUCGGGCUCGUCGAAUGAGCGCAGUAGCGACAUCGAAUGCCGGAUGGAUGCAGAUCACGGCCACAGAUGAGAUUCCAUAGACAGAAUGGGACGAAUGGGAUGAGAUGAGGCGAG